AGACUGAACUACCAAGAUGGAUAACGAUAAAAUUCCACCGCUUGGGAAGUACUUAGCUAGUAAUGAGAAGAGAGAAAGGGAUAAGGCUAUUAGAAAUUUGCGUAACUUCCUCACAUCAAAAAACAGCAAUUUAGACGAUUUAGAGAGUGCUAAGCUAUGGAGAGGAAUAUUUUACUGCUUCUGGAUGUCAGAUAAACCACUCGUCCAACAGAAGUUAGCCUGGGACUUAUCUAAUAUAUUGCUAGAAAUACCUGACGUUGACAAUUGUUGGAACUUCUACAAAGGUUUUUGGGAUGAAUUAAUCAGGGAGUGGUCUGGAUUAGAUAGAUACCGUCUUGAUAAAUAUUACAUGCUCAUACGUAAAUUCCUCCAAGCAGCUAUCAAAGUUUGCGUCAACGACAACUUCAACUCUCUCGAUACAUUCAACUCAAUCCUUCUUAACCCACGUGGUGCUAGUCCUUUAGCAUAUGAAGACCAUCGUGUCCCUGCUUCUCUCACCUACCAUAUGUCAGAUAUAUUCACCGAUGAAUUGAACAAGGCGCUUGCAGAUACAGAUGAAAGCUAUGAAAUACCACUUGCUCAAUUACUCAAGCCUUGGUCGCAACUUCUCGCUCAUACACGCAAUAAUGUGGCUUACAAAAGGGUAUUCGAGGGUGUAAUUACUAAGCUAAUUGAUGAGGAUGAUGAGGAUAUUGAGAAUAUUAGAAAAUGCGUCAAUUUGAAGGAAGCAAGAAAGCUCAUUUCAAAUAUCCUCUUCGAGGAGGCUUCUAAAUCAUCUGCGAAUCCAACUAAUAGACGGAAACUUUACGAAUUUGUUGAUGAACUGAGGAUGGAGGAUGAUUAAUCUUAUUUUAUAGACACCCGUCUCCUACAUAUCGUUACACAGUGUCAAGUAAUCGAAUUCGAAAUAGAACUGUACAUAUUUAUACUUUGUUGCAUUGUUUUCUUAUUCUAAUAUUCCAAAGUACAUCGCUUCUGGAUAUUUAGCAAA